CCUCCACCAGGCUUCAGGGAUGAAGGCUGCGGGCAUUUUGGCCCUGAUUGGCUGCCUGGUCACAAGUGCGGAGUCCAAAAUCUACACUCGCUGCAAACUGGCAAAAAUAUUUGCAAGGGCCGGCCUGGACAAUUAUGCAGGCUUUAGCCUUGGAAACUGGAUCUGCAUGGCAUAUUAUGAGAGUGGCUACAACACCACGGCUGAGACUGUCCUGGAAGAUGGAAGUAUUGACUACGGCAUCUUUCAGAUAAACAGUUACACGUGGUGCAGAUACGCAAAGCUGCAGGAGAAGAACCACUGCCACGUUGCCUGUUCAGCCUUGGUCACUGAUGACCUCACAGAUGCGAUAAUUUGUGCCAAGAAAAUUGUUAAAGAGACACAAGGGAUGAACUAUUGGCAAGGCUGGAAGAAGCACUGUGAGGGCAAAGAACUGUCUGAAUGGCAAAAAGGAUGUGAUGUUUCACGAGAUGCAUCUUGA